AUGACCGACUCAACCAACAAACCCUCAGAAGAACCCAAGAAGCUAUCAAAGGAACAGCAACUUCGGCAGCAAGGAGAUUUGGUCAUCCAAGGGUACAAAGAUCUGGCCGACAAAACUAGCUCAUUUCUUCAUAAGCAUAAUGAGCUACUUUAUUUAACAAGGUCUAGACCGGCUAGUUUCCAAAAUGCUGUCUCGAUCGACCAAGCUCACUUGAAAAAAGGCUUACUAGUGCAACUACAAUCAAGCCUUGUACCUCAGCUUCAACAACAAAUAUUUACCACUUUACAGCUCACAAACCCAUACGACUUGACGAAAGACCCAGGCUUACAAUUCAAAUGCAUCUUGGAGGUCCAGGCCGAACUCAAUCCCAUCUUGGAUCAAAUAUUCUCUGCGACCGACGUUUUAUGUCCGGGGCCGUUGCCAUCCCCAUCCAUCCGAACAAACGACCAGUACCUCAAAGAGCUCAAACCCUUCAGGAUCCGCGCCCUAUAUGAUCAUCUGACGGGAUGUUUUCUAAAUCAAAUUUUCAAGGUUUGCAAUGACUCCUAUGAUCUCAUUCAACAGCUGAAAUUGUCAACCAAAAAGUACGAGGGCGAGGUUGAUCUAGCUUCCGCCCGAUACUAUUUGAAUGCAGAAGGGGAUUACUGUUUACAGUUGAUUGAGAGGGCCAUAAACUGUCUAGAAGGAUCCGAGUUUGAUGUCGUCCAAGUUGAUUGGCGGUACAACCAAAGUGUUAUCAAUGGACACCUGCGAGAGCUCUUGAGGCGGAUCAAUCCCACGACACCGUUAGACGAGCAAAACAGUAUGCCAGGUCCACAAACCCUCAGUGAACCCGUUGUCAACCUUACAAAAUCGGUCUUACCCGUCAUAAAGCUCUGCAGACUUUUUUUCAACAAGCUAUCGGAACGAGGAAUGAACAGAAAGCGCUUGCCACUUUUUACAACAAUGUGUUCCUAUCAACUGAAUCUUAUCAGUAGAUUAGCUGGAGAUAUUGCGGGAAAACUCGAUAGGAUCUUGAGUAUCUUACGAGCAGCCGAUACGACCCUCAAUGAAAAUAUCAUUAGAUCACUGACAAAGACAGUCAAAGCACUCGAAACUCACUUCGAAACCCCUUUUCUGCUCAUCCUCCUCCACUUUCUUCCCAUCAUCCCAGAUACCGUCGGCAAUCCCGUUCAGAAUUACUUCAAGGAAUGGUUCGCUAUCUGGAACACACAAUUCACCCUAGCAAUUAAGAAUCUCUUGAAUGUUAUUGAAUCAUACAAAGGCGAUUUUGAAUAA